AUGUCUGUUCCACUUGCCGAUUCUGAACAAGAAUCUUCAGAUACAGAGAAAAAAGAAGAAUUCCAAUGCGAGUUCUGUGACAAGAAAUUCGUUAGCAGAGGUUCCUGGAACAUUCACCGUUCUUCUCUUCACGGAGCUCCAAAGAUUUUUUCAGAGCUUGGAUUGAGAAUGGAAGCGACGAGACAGUUCUCGGAGAAGAGUUAUUGCGCUUUGUGUGGAAAACCAUAUAGUGGCGAAAGAUCCCUCAAGCAGCAUUUGAGAACUGCUCAUGAAGUAAGCAGCAAAAAUCAGAAGGUUUCUUCGCUCCCAAAGGACUCACAAAACGAGAAACAAUGCACAGACGAACUCGAUGAAUUUGCAGCAGAGUUGGUGACUUAUAUGAAAAAUCUUGAAGAUGCCAAAGCUUCAAUUGUCGCGUCUCGGGAUUACUGUAGUGUUUUUGUAGAGUUUCCUAAUGUUCUGAAUUACUCAAUGGUUACUGUAGAUAAAUAUUCCUGCACAACGUGUGGUCGGCUAUUCACUACAUUAAGCAAUCGAAAUAGGCAUAUUGCAGAGAAUCAUGGCGUUGGAGAAAGGAAAAUCCACAAAUGUGAGUUGUGCUCAAAUUCAUUCGUUCGGAAACAUCAACUCAAAGUACACCAAGAAUUUGUCCACAAGUUUCCAGUCGUCCGUCAAAAACGGUCAACAGUAAAAGUUCAUGCAUUUUUGGUGGAUGGAAAAUACAACUGUAAUCUCUGCUCAUCCACGUUCACUGCGGAAUCUCGUCUUAAAAGACACCAACAAACCAAGCACCAUGCUUCGAAAACGACGAGCAGGAAAACAAUUCAACUCGAAGCAUCCGAAGUUGAUGGAAAAUAUCACUGUUUACACUGCGAAAAUUCGUGCGUCACUAGAAAUGGCCUCAUUCGCCACAUUAACAGAUGUCACUCAGAUAUGAAUCCACGGGAUGUGGAGAAUGAUAUCAACGAGGCUGCGGCAUCUCCAACUCCGCAAUUCUCUUCAAAUGCUCUCCAGAUUCUUCUCAAUCUCCAAAAUUCGAUGCCAGCGAAGGAGACUCCAAAGAAGAAGAGCUUCCGUGUUGAAGAUCUCAUCGAUAUCAACUGA